CUAGAACGACGGCGACCCACCAAAGCCGGUCCGUCUCCAAGAAGAUCAAGCAAACCUUAGCCAAUCUCAUCAAAGUUGGAAUUUUUUUGGCAUUGGGGUUUCCUUGAUCAAGUGAAAAAACUUGCAGAUGAAGAAGUCGCCAUUACCAUUGCAAAGCGCGAGCAUCGGCGAGGGCAAGAAUCAGAAAUGGGGCAGAGAAGCUCUGGUGAAGCUCCUGCGGUGGCAUUUUGGGCAUGCCCAGUUCAGAGGCAAGCAGCUAGAGGCCAUUGAAGCUGUCCUGUCAGGAAGGGAUUGUUUCUGUCUGAUGCCAACCGGAGGAGGGAAGUCAAUGUGUUACCAGAUACCUGCACUGGCCAAAACGGGGAUUGUGCUUGUUGCGUGUCCUUUGAUAGCUUUGAUGGAAAACCAAGUAAGUGCAUUGAAGGAGAAAGGAAUUUCUGCCGAAUUUCUCUCCUCUACCCAAACGACUCAAACUAAGAAUAAGAUAUAUGAAGACCUUGAGUCUGGGAAACCUUCCUUGAGGCUGCUAUACGUGACUCCGGAAUUGAUUGCCACACCAGGGUUUAUGUCAAAGCUGAUGAAAAUUCACUCUAGAGGGUUGCUUAAUCUGAUCGCCAUUGACGAGGCGCAUUGCAUCUCAACAUGGGGCCAUGAUUUCAGGCCUAGCUACCGGAAGCUUUCCUCUUUGAGGAAUCACCUGCCUGGCAUACCAAUACUGGCGUUGACAGCAACUGCUGUUCCUAAGGUGCAGAAUGAUGUCAUGCAAUCCUUAGGGAUGCAAAGCCCUCUGGUUCUAACAUCAUCCUUCAACCGUCCAAAUAUAUAUUAUGAAGUACGGUACAAAGAUAUUCUGGAUGAUGCAUAUGCUGACUUAUUGAAGAAACUCAAAACGUCUGGUGCUGUUUGCUCAAUUAUUUACUGCCUGGAACGCACAAUGUGUGAUAACCUGUCUGCUUACCUUUCAGGAAAUGGAAUAUCAUGUGCUGCUUACCACGCGGGUCAGAAUGACAAGCUGCGGAGUUCCAUCUUAGAUGAUUGGAUUUCUUCUAAGAUACAAGUUGUCGUGGCCACAGUGGCUUUUGGGAUGGGUAUUGAUAGAAAGGAUGUGAGGAUUGUUUGCCACUUUAACAUUCCAAAGUCGAUGGAAGCAUUUUAUCAAGAAUCAGGUAGAGCCGGCCGAGAUCAAUUGCCCUCCACAAGUAUAUUGUAUUAUGGGAUCGAUGAUCGCAAGAGAAUGGAGUUUAUUCUAAGCAAGGCUAAGAGCAAGAAGUCGCAAAGCUCCAGUUCACAGGAUGGGUUGUUCAAAAAGUUACUAGCUGACUUCAAUCAGAUGGUUGAAUAUUGUGAAGGAUCCGGGUGCCGGCGCAGAAAGAUUCUUGAGAGUUUUGGUGAACAGGUACCUGCUUCCCUCUGUAAAAACUCGUGCGAUGCGUGCAAACAUCCAAACCAGGUUGCCAGGCAGUUGGAGGAGCUUACAGUUACUUGUACUUCUCGUCAGAGAGACCACUUCUCCAAAAUCCUGAUGCGCAGCGCGGUAGAUAUGAGUGAUGAAGGACAGUAUUCUGAAUUUUGGAAUCGUGAUGAUGAAGCAAGUUGUUCGGAGGAAGACAUUUCUGACUCUGAUGAUGGCAUUGAUGUUACGAAGAACUCAGCUAUCUCAAAAUUCAAAUCAGGAGUAAAUGAGAGGAUUGAUUUCUGGGAGCAUGCUGAGGAAAACUACAACCAGGAGAAAGGUUUUAAUAAAAAGAUGAAUAAAGUUGACAAGAAUGAAGUAUCGGAAGAGUUGAGAGAAGCUAGCAAGCAAAGAUUGCUCAAAGCCUUGAGGCUGGCUCAGCAGCGUCUUGGCUCUUUAACGAAUGAGUUUGAAGAGUCAGCUUCUUCCCUUGAGAACGAGUGCUACAAAAAAUAUGGAAAGAGCAGGAAGUCGUUUUAUCUUUCCCAAGUGGCAAACACAAUAAGGUGGCUCUCAACAACCAAUUCAACAGAUCUGACAAAUCGACUCAGAAUCAGUGACGACACGCCUUCGGAGAAUAUGCCACUCAAACAAGAACCUUCAGGUUCAGCUUCAUCUUCACUCAAUCUGGUAAUAAUGGAGGCUGUAAAUGAAGAAGUUCCUAGUGUCAUCAGUUCAAAGAAUCCUUCUGGUGUUUCCCCGUUGCAAAGUUCUACUGCUGCUGCAAGUCUGCCAACAAUUCCUUCCUUCUCUGAGUUUAUGAAAAGCAGAAAGGCAAAGGAUAGAGCAGUUGGUAAAUCGGAGACAGUUGAGAAGAAUAUGGAGAAAAGAAUGAGGUUGCACUAGGUUCUCUGUUAUCGAAUUUUGCUCAUCUCAAUUGCCUCCUUUAGCUUAGAAAUUAACUAAAACAGCCUGUUAAGCGUUUGCAAUCAACUAUAUGGCAAUUCUAUAUAUUGACUUUUCUCGUG